AUGGUCAUCGCGACCAAGUACACGACAAACUACAAAGGGGGCCCCGGCCACCCCCAUAUCCAAGCCAACUACUCGGGCAAUGGCAGCAAAAGUCUCCAUCUGUCAGUCGAGGCCAGUCUCCAGAAACUACAGACGAGUUACAUCGACCUACUUUACGUCCACUGGUGGGACUACUCUACUUCGAUUCCCGAAUUGAUGCAAUCUUUGAACCACCUUGUGGCAGCCGGGAAGGUAUUGCACUUGGGAAUCAGCGAUGCGCCAGCUUGGGUCGUCAGCAAGGCCAAUGAGUACGCCCGGAACCACGGUUUGCGUCAGUUCUCCGUGUAUCAGGGACGGUGGUCGGCAGCCAGUCGAGACUUUGAGAGGGACAUCAUACCGAUGUGCAAAGACGAAGGUAUGGGCAUCGCCCCGUGGGGGGCACUUGGAGGAGGCCGCUUCAAGAGCGAGGAGCAGCGGAAUGCCCAGGGUGGGCGGGCGGUCGAGCUGAAUGACCACGACAUCAAAAUCAGCAUCACGCUCGAGAAUGUAGCCCGACGUCGUGACACAGCCAUUACUAGUGUUGCUAUGGCAUAUGUCAUGCACAAGGCGCCCUACGUGUUUCCCAUCGUCGGUGGACGCAAGGUGGAUCACUUGAAAGGCAACAUUGAAGCGCUCACGCUGCAGCUUUCACGCGAAGAUAUUGAGGAGAUCGAAUCGGCUGCUCCAUUCGACCUCGGAUUCCCUCACAGCAUGCUCUGGGGCAAUGAGGUUCCAGAGAAUAACCAGCAAGUCACCUUAUUGAGAAUGGCCGGCACAUUUGACUACGUUCCGGAAAGACAGUCAGUCGUGCCAUCCAAAAGAGGAGCUUAG